GAUAAUAUUGAUGAUUCCUUCACGAUGACCUCUGUACAUGUUUAGUUAUUGCUCCAUCCAUUACUACCUUCCUCAAGUAACGCAUGAUCGUCAAUCAUGGCAAUGGAUUCACCCACCCUGUUGGCCGUCACCAAUAAGCCUGGCCUAGCGGUCUCCUACACCGAGGCUCUAUGGUCAGACAUGUCAGAUAUCACACUGGACAUCACCACAGCCAGAUCCGACAAUGACACAGGAUCAGAAUGGACCUCGCUGGAUACGGCCGAGCAGAUCUUUGAAGGAGCCAUCUUGUGUUUGAUGAUUGCUUUAACCACGCUGGGAAACUCUCUCGUGGUCCUAGCAGUGUGUUUGGAAAAGAAGCUAAGGACCUUUGAAAACUUCUUCUUCGCUUCGCUUGCAAUUGCUGACUUGUCCAUUGCUAUGUUGGUUCUCCCGUUGUCUGUUCGGGUAGAGCUAUCAGGCGGAAAAUGGGAUCUUGGGCCUCGAGUUUGUGAUCUCUUUAUCUUCACCGAUGUUGCUUGUUGUACUGCAUCAAUCCUACAUCUGUGUACCAUAGGAAUCAACCGCUGUCGCUCGAUCACGUCUCCGCUCCAUUACGUCAGGAAACAGACCUUUCGUCGAGCAGCGGUCAUGAUCGUUUUGGUCUGGAUAACAUCUUUCUUGAUUGCGUGUCCUCCCCUCAUCGGAUGGCCACAUUCCCGAAAUCGAUCAGCGCAACUCUGUGAGUAUGAUGUCGACAAACUCUACGUUGUGUACUCGUCGUGUGGAUCAUUCUUUAUACCACUUCUAGUCAUGGUGAUUGUCUACACUAGGAUUUACCAAGUGUCUCGACGAGGCGCCGAAUUCAGGCGAAACUCUGCCCCCCAACUAAAUGACCACCACCAACAAAAUCAACAAAAGAUCAAUAACCAGUCUCUCUAUCAAACACGCACCCACUACGACCAGGUCCAUUCUUGCCCCCCUUCAAGAAGGCGACCAGACCUAUACAGGAUGGAACACAAUUCACGUUGUACCGGAAGGGCAAACUCAACAGUAGCGGCAUCUGCUGAGGUUGCUUGCACAGGAUAUUCGAAACCUGAGGAUGUGCAAGUGACUAAACCAGUGUUACGGAGAGUACGAACCUCGAUAUUUACAUUCCAUCCACAAGGGCGAUGUGACAACAAGAAGAGGUUUACUGAGGUCAAGACGGUCAAAACUUUAGCAUGUUAA